AUGCCUGAGAACAGGAGCUACAAUGAUGAGCUGAAUUUCCUGGACAAGAUAGAUGCAAACACCUGGAGGAUCAAGAAGGGAUUUGUUCCCAACAUGAAGGUGGAUGGGUUCUUCUAUGUAAAUGACUUGCUGGAGAAGCUGAUGUUUGAUGAGCUCAGGCAGCACAGCAGGGCGGCUGGUUUUGGUGGGUUCUUGCCAGCCAUGAAGCAGAUAGCCAAUGUGGCAGCUCUGCCAGGGAUUGUGCAGAAAUCUGUAGGGUUACCAGAUGUCCAUGCUGGGUAUGGGUUUGCCAUUGGUAACCUUGCUGCCUUUGACAUGAGUAACCCGGAGGCCGUGGUUUCGCCGGGCGGAGUCGGUUUUGACAUCAACUGUGGCGUCCGGCUGCUCCGGACAAACCUGGACGAGCGGGACGUCCAGCCGGUCAAGGACGAGCUGGCUCAGGCCAUGUUUGACCACAUCCCUGUUGGCGUGGGGUCAAAGGGCGUCAUUCCCAUGGGAGCAAGAGACUUAGAGGAGGCUUUGGAGAUGGGUGUGGACUGGUCCCUCAGAGAAGGAUAUGCCUGGGCAGAAGACAAGGAACACUGUGAGGAAUAUGGCCGCAUGCUUAAUGCAGACCAGAGUGCUGUGGGCUCUAAGGCCAAGAAACGGGGACUACCACAGCUGGGGACCCUGGGUGCAGGGAACCACUAUGCAGAGAUCCAGGUUGUGGAUGAGAUCUUCGAUGACUACGCCUCCCAGAGGAUGGGCAUCGACCACAAGGGACAGGUUGUUGUUAUGAUCCACAGUGGAAGUAGAGGAUUCGGGCAUCAGGUGGCAACAGAUGCUCUAGUUGCCAUGGAGAAGGCGAUGAAGAGAGACAAGGUCCUGACCAAUGACAGACAGCUGGCGUGCGCACGGAUCCACUCCCCCGAGGGACAGGAGUACCUGAAGGGCAUGGCGUGUGCCGCGAACUUCGCCUGGGUCAACAGGUCAUCCAUGACCUUCCUCUCCAGACAGGCGUUUGCCAAGGUUUUCAACACGACCCCAGAUGACCUGGACAUGCAGCUCAUCUAUGAUGUCUCACACAACAUUGCCAAGAUGGAGGAACACAUUGUGGAUGGCAAACAGACAACACUUCUGGUACACAGAAAGGGAUCUACCAGGGCCUUCCCUCCCCAUCACCCCCUUAUACCUGUAGACUAUCAGUUGUCGGGGCAACCGGUGUUGAUUGGCGGGACCAUGGGAACGUGUAGUUAUGUGUUGACAGGAACAGAGAAGGGCAUGGAACAGACGUUUGGAACUACCUGUCAUGGAGCGGGUCGGGCGUGGUCUCGAGCCAAGUCCAGGCGUAACCUAGACUACCAGGAGGUUCUGGACAGACUAGCAGAGCUGGGCAUCUCCAUCCGGGUGGCAUCGCCAAAACUGGUCAUGGAGGAGGCUCCAGAGUCCUACAAAAACGUCACAGAUGUAGUCAAUACAUGUCAUGCAGUUGGAAUUAGCAAGAAAGCAAUCAAGCUGAGACCAAUCGCUGUCAUUAAGGGAUGAUGUCGCAAUUUGUAGCUGACGUCAUCAUACGAAGACUGUUGAGAGACUUGUUGUCAGUGGCAACAAAUGGUUUAUUGUCUAACCAGGGACAUAUCUAGAUAUACUAUUCUUUGUCUAACCAGAGCUGAUAUGUUUGAGUCAACCACAGUUUCACAGCCUGGAUACCAGACCCCAGCCUGAUCUCAAAAAUAUCUAUCGUCUGAAUGAGAUUGGACUGAGGUCUGGUAUCCAGGCUAGCAAUUUCACGGCAGUAACUGAGUAAGACAUAUUUAUUAGAGGCUUUGAAUGAGACUGUUGGAGAAGAAAAAAUAAACAGAAUUUUGUGAGAAUCUCUUGCAAGUGCUCCCUUACUUGGUCCUUCAGACAAUCUAGCGGACAUGUCUGAAAAACUAUGAGGCACAUAAAUAGGAAUAUCCUGGAUGCCAGACAAUUUCUCAGGGCCGAACUCACUGGUGUCUGUGGUAAAAUUUCCUUGGGGGCAUGUUGGCCCUAGAGCUGAGGCUAAGUCACCCAGGAGUAACUUACAGAGGUAUUGAACCUGUUUAGGGAACCAAGUAAACCAUGCACCAAGAGACCAUGUCUAGCGAAAUAAUAGAUGUUAAAGUAAACAAGGACAACAACAUCAACAACAACAAUGAGCUGGCUUGUAUAGGCCCUGGAAACAGUCUGGCAUCCAGGCUAAGAUAAAAACCACUGAGCAACAGAAAUGUUCAAACUUAGAAUAGAAUUUACAAAGAACCAGAAAAAAGGCCAUGUCUAGCGAAAUGAUAGACGUUAAACAAGGGCAACAACAACAACAAUGAACUGGCUUGUAUAGGCCCUGGAAACAGUCUGGCAUCCAGGCUAAAAGCCUCAACAGAAGUGCUUAAACUUGAAAUAGAAUGUAAAAGAAACCACAAAAAAGGCAAGAGACAGAGCACAUUGUCAUGUCCAUGAUCAUUUGAAUGAAAAUAUGUAAGACUAGAAAGAUUGAAUAGACCCCUUGGUAGGACUAUGAGCACCCAUAUUUACAUGUAAAUGUCUAAUCCAAACCACUGAGGAUCAAAUUUCUUGCUUCAUUAGUUAUCAAUAUGUUGUCUGCUGUGAGAAGUAAUUGAGUGAGACAGAGACUGUAGGGGGGGGUCGUCUGUUAACCUCCUUGUCUGUACUGACAAAGUUUAUUUUACGGAUAUUUAUCAAGUGCCUAUUGUUAUAACUGCGCAUACCAAAUCUCGUUAGAAGUAUUUGCUUGUAAUGAGAUUAUUCCAAAUUGUAAUUGUUGGAACUUUGGAUGUUAAAAAUUCUAUGAUUGAAGAAUAGUCAACAUUGUAUGCAAUAUGUUGGUGACUUUGUUGAAGUUAAGAAUUGUAUGUAAAAAAAAGAAAGUAUGACUCGUUUUGUUGGUUUUGGUGUGGCAGCCAGUCUGUUUAAUAUGUAAUAUGGACUUGGAGGAUUUUAUUAUUAUGUUUGGCUCCACCGAACAGUAACAUAUUGUUUUUGCUCAGUUUCUUUUUUCUUCUUCUCCAAACGAAUAAGGUCAAUGACCUGAUUGUUGUCGCCAUGGUUACUGUAGCAGACACUAUUGUGUUUGAUUACAUUAUGUAGCAAGUGGUAGGACAGAGCUGGAGGGGCUGGUCACCCUGUAUAUGAAUGUGUUUCAGCAAGGAGGUUAACCUUGGUCUCAGUAAGAAUAAAGAGGACCAUUAGUUUGUUAGGCUAGACCAAGUGAAGGUAAAGAAUUGUGUGUAUUUGCUUGCAAAUGCUUAAAACCUCUAGCUUUAAUCGAAUUAUCUUUAAUGUCCAAGGAGGUUAACGAGGGACAUCCUUGUCUUAUCAAGAGAACCGGGACUGAAUUGUUACUUUAAAUGACUCCAGUAAAACUGGUAUUUUUUCAAACAGGACAUAUGUCUCUGUUGACUGUAAUACUGUCAACCACAACUUUAUGUUGGCUGAUAAGCUGUUAGGUGAAAAAGUUAUGGUUAUGGCCGAUAAUUGCGACUACCAAACUUUCUGUUAAUAUUCAAACCAUGUAGUCAUGCUUUAUGUCAAGGAAACUUGUGAUAUAUCAAAAGUCGGUUAGUGUGUACACUCGAGUUGGGCAACCGGCCAACAUUUUUCUUGCAAUAAAUCAUAUGAAGCCU